AUGGAUAGACAAUUAGCUGAUGCUCUAAAUCAAUGUUCAUCAACAAACGGUGUUGUUGGUAUGGUUUGCACUGAUAAAUCAGGUUUAUGUUUAAAAGCUACUGGUGGAGUAAAUGCAUCAACUGCUGGUUAUUAUAGAUCGAUUAUCGAGAAGGCUACCACUCUUCUCUCAAAGAAUGAAGCACCAAAGAUUACUAUAGAGACUGAUACUUCUUUAACCAAUUUACAUAGUAUCAUAGUAGUUCGUAGUUAUAGACAACAACAAAACAAACCAAAAGUUUUAAUUUAUCAUUAA